AUGGAUAAUUUUAAACAAAUAUUAAGCUAUUGGUCAAUAAAAGAAUCAAAUAUAAAUAGCAAUAAUAAUAAUAAUAAUAAUAAUAAUAAUAAUAAUAAUAAUAAUAAUAAUAAUAAUAAUAAUAAUAAUAAUAAUAAUAAUAAUAAUAAUAAUAAUAAUAAUAAUAAUAAUAAUAAUAAUCAAAAUAAUCAAAAUAAUAAUAGAAAAAAAUAUAAUAACAAAAAUGACAACACAAGAGAUAACUCAACAAUUAAUUCAACAGGAACAGCUAUACCAACAACAAUUGUUAAUAAUACUACAGAUAGUGAUAGUAUCUCCAGUAGUAUUUCUAAUACUAAUACUGGUUAUGACAAUGCUAAUCAAUUACAACUCAAAACUAAUACAAAUUAUAAAGCCAUUACUGUUAGUAUGGAAAAUCUCUUAAAAGAAAGCAAAAUCAAUGUUUACUCAGCAUAUAAAGAAAACUCUGAAGUUAAUGAAAGUGAAAAUGAAUCAAAUGGGUCAAGCUAUUCAAUAAACUAUAAAAGCGAAAGUGAAACAAACUAUAAUUUAAAUAAUGGCAAUAAGAUUGUGGGCGAAGAAUCAGAUUCCACUGGCUCACUUUAUUCUGCCAGUAGUUAUGGUGGUGGUAGCAUAUAUGGAACCAAUGGUGGCAAUAGUGUUUAUGGUAGCGAUAUUGAAUCAACUUCAAAUUAUGGCACCAAUAGUAUCAGUGGUAUUAGUUCUUAUGGAUAUGGUUAUAAAAGCGGAUCAAAUACACCAUAUAGUAGCUAUUCAGAUGGGGUUCUUAAUGACUUAACAUCAGCUUCGCAACAAAAUAUGGAACAAAAAUUAAAAUUAGAAAAAUAUUAUAAAGAAACUAGAUUACAAGAAAAGAUCAAUAACAAGUCUAGAGAUUGGAAUCAAGAAUUUCAAACAUUACUUAGACUAACACCAUCUUUAGAGAAGUUUCAAAAACUAACCUUCUUAGCAUUGGAUUUUGUAAAGGCCGCUGAAAACUAUGGCUAUAUCAUAUUAAAAGAAAUGUUUUUACCAAAUGAAAAGAAAACAAUCAAACCAAUUGAUAUUGGUGGUGUUGCUGGAGGCGAAAAAUAUCUAUGUGCUGGUUUAUUAUUCAAAUUCGCAUAUGAUCAAAAAAUUGGGGAUCAGUAUCUUUAUGGAGGUAAAUAUCCUUCAGAAACAAGCGCCAAUAAAGCUGCUGGUAAUGAAUUAAAGAGUUUAUCAAGUUUUUUUCAACAUGUUUUAGACAAUGAAUUUGCCGAUAGAGUUAAUGUCCCAUUAAUGUGUAUCAUUGAUUAUUUUGGCUAUCGUCUUGUUGCAAUGUCAGUACUGCCAAUUAAUAAGCAAACUUUGGUUUAUGGUUCAUCAGAUGCCGGUAACACUGUGCACACCGAUGAUGAAGAAUUAAAUUUAAUAAUGGAAAAAAUUGGAAAAUCAAUGAACUUAAGAGGUCACUUAACUGGUUUAAAUCCAAAAUUCAUGUUUGGACCGGGUGAUCUUGAGAUUCAUAAAUCAAACAAUCAAUAUUAUGUAGUUGAUUUUGGCAGAUUAUUACCUCCACAAUCCUAUAUAGUGGAAAAUCAAGAAAAGAAAAAUCAGCAAGGUUCUGUUAGAGAUAUCUUCUUUAAGAUGAUUAGACCAGAGCUUUUAAAACAAAGUGAAAAACCACUAUCGUCAGAUGCUUACUCUGGAUGGGGUACUUUGGAUCCAUUAUGCGAAGAAUAUAACAAGGAUAUCGAUGACAUUACAAGAAAACUUUUCGACGAAAUUAUACCGCACGCAGCAUCAGAAUUAGAAAAAGAUUGGGACAGAUUCGAAAAGCAAUCCUCAAACCAAAUCGACGACUUUGAUAUUUCUAUUGAAGCUCAUAAAUAUGGCAUUAAUAUUAGAUACCUUGGAAAAAUUAGACAUUUAAUAAAGAACCCAACACUUAGAAAGCAUAUCUUAAACGAAAUGUUAGCAAGAGUUUUUAAAAAUCAAAUUAAAAACGACCAAAGACUACAUCUAACUGGCCACUAUGUCGGCUCCGAAGAACGUUGUAUUCAUAUCAUCGUGGAGUUUUUAAAUAGAAUUAUGGGUAAUGAAAAGUUUUCGGCAAACACUAAAGAUUUUUGGACCGUUAUAGUAAAGAAUCAAUUGGCCGAGAAGUUUGGUCCUUUUGGUUUAUCUGAAGAAGAAAUGGAUCACAAAUUCGACCUAUUAACAAAUACAAACAUUUAUCGUGUAUUAUUAAAGUUCCAAUCAAAAACAGGUAUUAAAAUUUCAAGUCGUAUUAAAACAAUAUUAAAAAAGAGUAUAGAAGAUAAGAAAACACGUUUACCAUACUUUUUCUAUACCGAUAUUAAAGAGAUUAGACCUGUCGUCAAACAUAGCAAUAUGAUAGCUAGAUCCGAGGGUAUCUCUCUAUAUAUGAAAGCUAUCGAGUUAAUUUAUUCAAAUCAAGUUUAUUUUGGUAGACCGCUAAACAAACCUGACUUUAACAGAUUCAAUAGUGAUUUUAGCGAAGAGACCAGUCUUUUAGAGGCAUGUAAACAAAAACUUUGCUUGGCUUCAAAAUCCUCAACUACUGAUUCAACUUUAUAUCAUUUAUUAGGUUUGGUUGAUUUCGAACUAUUAAAAAUGAAGCCAACUAAUCAAUCAUUAAAAUCCUCUUCAAAACAUCAACUAAUGCUUUCAGUGCGUUAUAAUGAGACCCCAAAUAACCUUUUAUCAUUAGCAACUAUUUUAGAUGUCCAUUGCGAAUUUAAAAAAUCAAAAGAAAUUUACGACAAGUUAUUUUCAUUAGCUAUAAGUGACUCUAAUCUACAAUCAACUAUAAUUCAACUAUUAUUUGAAAGUGCUUCAUUAUACUCACCAUACUAUACAAAAAUUACAAAUGAAUCAUUAUUAUCAGUAUCAUUUCAUCAAUUAUUGGUUGUAAUAGAAAUUUUAUUAAAAUUAAAAGAGAAUAAUAAUGAUAAUGAUAAUAAUAAUAAUAAUAAUAAUAAUAAUAAUAAUAAUGAUGAAGAUAACAAUUUAUUAAGUAAUGAAGAGUACUUAUUUAAUAGUUUAAAAAUAAUAUCAGUUUUAAUAUUUAGAACCUCCCAAUCAAAUUCAUUUUGUACACAUUCAUCAAUCACAAAAAUUAUAUGUUGUAUAAAAGGUAUAGAAUUUAAUCAUCAAUCAAUUAUCGACCUAGCAUGGGAAUAUAUUGAAAGAUCAUUUUCAUAUAAUGAAAAUAUUUUAGAUGAUUUCAUCGAAGAAGCAACAACAUCCCAAUGCUACCCACGUGUUACAUUAUCCAUAUUAUUACAAUAUUCUUUAAAGUCUCCAUCAUUAAAGAAGAGAAUGAUCAGAUUCAUAAAAGAUAAACCAUUUAACCAAAUGGCUAAAAACGCUGUUAAAGAAGUUUUUGCAAAUGAAAACAUUGUUAGUACCCUCACUGAAGCCCUUGGAAUUGAAUUAGACUAUAUCUCUUUAAAACGUUCCCACAACAACUUUGGAAAUCAGUCACUAUUGAAUACCAUCCAUUUAGAAGUUUUAUACUUAAACGAAACUACCUACCCACUUCUUAUUCAAGAUUUAUCAAAUGUUUCUGCUCAAAUCAAAACACUAACCAUUAAUAGUGGCAAAUACCAACCAAACUGUAAAGAUGGUGAAUCAUUACCACAGAUAGACUAUUCCAAAAUGAAAUUUAGUAAUUUAGUUAAAUUUGAAUCACAAGAUAACGAAUUUCCUUCAGAAUUUUUGCAUAUAGUUUUAUCAAGUUCAAAAGAUUCAUUAAAAGAAAUUCAUUUAAGUUGUUACGAAGUACCUUUGGAAACUUUAGAACUCUUGGGUACCUGCACAAAACUUGAAUCAUUCUAUUUAAGAGUAUCAACACAAAAAAUAAGAAUCGAAUUUAUUCCAGAAUCAACAGAAAGAAUUAUCGUCGACUCGCCAUUUGAAAAAGAAAUGCAAUUGGAACCAUUAAUGAAGAAAUGUAAAAACCUGGUAUCAUUUAAACUUAAUGAUGAUGACAUAAUCAAUAAACAAUUAGCAGUACUUAAGGAAUAUCCUGUAAGAGAAUUAGAUGUUUCAUCAUAUUUAGAAUAUUUCAAAAAUAAUCAAUUAUCAAAUGGUGUCGAAAAAUAUUGGACCAACUCUUUGGAAUCAUUAAAAUUCUUUGCAAAUAAGCCAUACGAUGAUUUUUCAAACUUUAUUUCAAAAUUGGUGAACAUUAGAUUUUUAGAUAUAAGAUAUAAUAUUAACGAUCAAGAAAUAAAAACAAUUUUAUUAAAUCUAUUAAAAUUGGAGAACUUUGCAAUCGACUCAAAUAAAUACCAACUUUUAAAACAAGACGAUACCAGCGAAUUAAUAUGCAACAAAUCUAUAAAGAAACUAACCAUUUCUAAUAUAAGUGCUCCAUCACGUAACAUCCCAAAUAUUGGUUCCAUUUAUCCAAAUAUCGAAUCACUUGAAUUACAGUACCCAAAGAAUAUCAACGAUGUCUCAUUUAAAGGAAUGAUAGAAAAUCUAACCCAACUAAAAGAACUAUCUUUAUCAUGCUGCUAUGAUUUAACUGACAACUCUAUGAUUGCUCUAUCAAACUCGCAUAUAGCCUCAACCUUAACAUUACUUUCAAUUCGUGAUUUCGCCGUGAGCGAUGGUUCACUUGUUAAAAUUAUUUCUUCCUGUACAAAUUUAAAUCAAAUUAAAAUUCUCAACUCUUUUAGACGUCCAGAUACCUAUAGUUAUAUUAAAAAACUUAAACCAAAUAUAAAAAUAGAUUUAUAA